UUGCAUUUGCAUCAAAUUGUAACACCACACUCUACUCUCUUUCUUUCUCUCUCUGUAAAACUGCAACAUUUCUCUGUCCGCCAUUGAUAUCUCUAACGCUCUUUCCGCAUUGUUCAAUCAAUAAUGGCUCUUUUAGUGCUUGCAAUGCUCAUGUUGGCCAUGACUGGUCGUGCAAGUUGCACAUGGUGUGUUUGCAAGGAAAUGAGCGAUUCAGUCCUCCAGCAGACUCUAGACUAUGCUUGUGGAGCUGGGGCUGAUUGUGGCCCUGUCCAUCAAAAUGGCGCUUGUUUCCAACCCAAUACUGUCAGGGCUCAUUGCAAUUAUGCUGUGAACAGCUACUUCCAAAGAAAGGGUCAGGCUCAAGGCACCUGUGAUUUUAAAGGCACUGCAACGGUUUCCGCAUCUGAUCCUAGCAUUAAUGGCUGCUCUUAUCCUUCCAGUGUCAGCGCUGCAGGCACCAGCACAACUCCAACUCCAGUCACCGCAACGCCAACUCCGGUAACCACAAAUCCAUCCACUACCACACCCUCGACCACAACCCCAUCCACCACCACACCCUCGACCACAACCCCAUCCUCUACCACUCCCACCACUCCAUACUCGGCAACACCUAAUGGAGUGCUAGGAGGGAUUGGCAAUGGACUAGGUCCAUCGGGAGCUGGAAUAAACACAGACAUCCCUGAUGCUGGGUUAAGACUUGAAAACACUGGCUUGUUCUCAUUCUUUAUAAUCCUUGUGGUAUCCAGUUUGAUGCUUUAGUGGGGUUGAAGGUGCAAGAAUGUGAUCCUGAUUGUGGCGCUGUGGUGGGGUACGGUGGUCACAGGUGAUGCUGGAUAUCAAUGUGCGUAUGUGGGUAUGCAUGUGAUUAUGCUGUUGUUUAUCUUAAGAUACGCUAGCUAAGUUUUUGUCUGUUUCUUCUACUUUUCUACUUGGGUAAGAAAAAUGGGCUUGUGUUCCUUUUGGAAUGUUUUGUGGUUUCCGGUGGGACGACUCUCUAUCUGAACUAUUCGCCCUGUUCUGUAAACCUAGAUUUAGAUCUAGAAAGCAGUAAUUUAUUGAUGUUCUCAAGAGAGUUUGGCA